AGCUGUCAAAUAGACCAACAAAAGACGAAGAAGCAAAGGCAUACACACACAUUUUCCUCAACUCGCAAAGCAAAUGAAAAACCUCAACUCUGUGAAAAAUUGUGAAAAUUUUUAUUGGAAAUUGUACAAAUUGCAAAAUUCGAGAUACAAAAAAUCAAUGUGCUCCGCAUUGAGCACUCGCGCGGUGUGGAAGUGAAUGCAAAGAAUAAAGUGAAACCCAAUAAAAUCCAAUUGAAAAUUACGCGUCAUAGUCAAGAAUCUGUUCUGUAUAUACCUACCUAUCUAUACACAUCCGUUUGGUUAAAUUUCUUCACAAUCUGUUUUUUUUUUUUCUUGUGGAGAAGAAUUGUUGAUUGAAUAGUUUUGGAAAAAAAUGUUAUAAAAAUCAAAGAUUAAAAAAUGGCCACACAAAAACCCGGAGAAUGGGCCAAUUCGUUGCUGGCCCGUUUUGAAGAUCAGCUUCCCAACAAAACAAAUGGUCCACAUGGCACCCAGGCUCGCAUGAGCCAGGAUCAAUUGGUGAAUUGUUUGAUUCACAUAUCGCGGUAUCGCUUCUCUUUGGUGAUAUCGGGUCUAACGAAAAUAUUACAACGAGUUAAUGAAGCGGCCAUACAAAAUCGCCACGAGACCGAUCGUUAUUAUUUCGAAUCUCUUGUUAUCAUCCUAACCACGCUGGAAAGAUGUCUAACCAAUCAGACAAAGGACACAGCACGCUUCGAAGAGGCUAUGAAUGUUAAGUUGCUCCUUCGUGAAAUCACCCAAUUUAUCGAUGUCCAGAGUGAUAGUAACCCGAAUGCCGCCCAAUUGAAAAUUCUGGCAUCCAAAGUUUUGUUUGCCCUCUCGCAGAAUCAUUUCUCGGCCGUUUUCAAUCGCAUUUCGGCUCGUAUCCAAGAAUUGGCGGCAUGCUCGGAUGAGAAUCCCGAUUAUUCUGAUAUUGAGUUGAUACAACACAUCGACAUGGAUAUGACGAAAUUGACGAAACUGCUGCAGGAGACAAUAACGAAAUUUCGUUCGAAACGGGCACCGCCUUUGAUACUUUUAAAUUCCAUUGAGAAGGCCAUAUGGAAUUGGAUUGAAUAUCAUCCGCAGGAGUUUCAGGAUUUGCAGAGGGGCAUGAAUCGGGAUAUAUCAACAUGCUGGGAGCCGUUACUGGAUUUCGUGGAGGCCUAUAAGGCCGAGAACAAAAAAAGCAAGACCACAGUCUGGCCUUUGCAAAUGCUACUGCUAAUUUUAAAUCCGGCCUGCCUGGAAGCCACCGUCAAUGAGCUGCAGCAAUGUGAAAAGGAAAAGGACAAAAUGGCCUCCAAGACGCAGUCGCGAGACAAAGAUUUCUCGGCCAAGCAAUUUAUUGAGAGUAUCAAACGUGGCCUGGGUCCCCACUCCCCCUCGAAACUGGUCACCGAAUCAGCGGCCAUAGCCUGUGUAAAACUAUGCAAAGCUGCCACCUAUGUGAAUAUCAACGAUUCGAACAACGUCAUCUUUAAAUUGGUGCAAUACAUCAUCAACGACAUCAAGGCUUUGUUGUUCAAUCCCGUCAAGCCCUUUUCCAGGGGUCAGGGUUACAAUUUUGCCGAUAUUGAACUAAUGAUUGAUUGUUGGGUUUCCUGUUUUCGCAUUAAUCCCCAUAACAUAGAGGCUUUGAAGGUGUGCCUGAAUCUUAAUUCGCCGCAGGCCUAUCAUUUUGUUAUUGUUUGUUCGUUACUGAGGCUGGCCCAUAUCUAUGUUGACUUUAGAUUACAAAACAAAAAUCCUUUCCGGGUGGUAAAUCAACCACGUCUGCCCUGGUGGCCUCAAACGGAUGUGGUACACUAUCGUUCGGCCGAGAUGAGAGCUCUCUUCACCGACACCCUUAACAAGGCCACCCAGGGUUAUAUAGCCCACACCCCACUGAGAAUGAUUACCUCUUUGACAUUGAAAACCAAAGAUACGCAAAAAGUUUUGGCCCGUUCCGAGGAGGGGCCAGCCCAUAAAAUGUUAUUGUUGUUGUUAGUACGUUUAAUACAUGCCGAUCCCACCUUAUUGUUAAAUACCCAGGGCAAAGUAGCACACGAAGUACAAAGUUCAACUCUCGAACUCAUCAAUGGUCUUGUUAGUUUGGUUCAUCAACCGUCCAUGCCAGAUGUGGCCCAGGAGGCCAUGGAAGCCCUGCUGGCUUUACAUGCACCCGAAAAAAUCGAAGUUUGGAAUCCAGAGGCACCCAUUAAUACGUUUUGGGACGUCAGCUCCCAGGUCUUGUUUUCCAUUUCACAAAAGUUAAUCCAACAUCAAAUAGCCAAUUAUACCGAUGUCCUGAAAUGGUUGCGUGAAAUAUUGAUAUGUCGUAAUACCUUCUUGCAAAGGCACAAGGAUUAUGCCCAUGUCGGAAGUCAGAUAGCCAUCUGUAAACAGGCCCACAUCAAAUUGGAGGUGGUAUUUUUUAUGUAUCUCUGGUCAGUGGAUUUGGAUGCGGUGCUAACAUCGUUGUCCUGUUUCGGUUUGUUGUGUGAAGAGGCUGAAAUAUGUUGCGGCUCGGAUGAAUUGACGGUGUCAAUGCUUGUGCCGAAUUAUAUGAUCUAUCAGGAAUUGGCUCAGCUGUCAUCGGCUGCCACGGAUUCUCGCAUAUGCUUCUACGAUAAUAGUCAUGGCAACGUUCUUAAUCGGCUACACCUUCAGAAGCGCAUUAUGCAGCUCCUACGGAAGAUUGAGCACUGUGUUCAUGGUGUACAGCCUGCCUGGGAGGAGACUUUUAGGAACUGGGAAAUCAUGAGUAAAAUGCUGCAAACCUACCCCAAGUGUAAAACCGAAGACGGCCAAGCUGAGCUGUUCCAUCGUGGCGUGGGAAAACGCCGAGCCAGCCAUCAAAGCUCGGAACAUGAUAUUGAAGAGCAAAUAACAGAAUGGGCCAACAUGACAUGGUUCCUGCUGGCCUUGGGUGGUGUUUGUCUAAUCAAACGUCGUCAACAAGCUGUGGCCGCCCAGGCUUCACAGUUAUCCCUAGCCCAUCAGGCUCCUUUUCAUCCAUAUUCUCAGAGUUUUGGCUCACUGCAACAGAAUCUGCCACCUCAGGUCCACAUACAUCAGGGUUCAAUAAGUUCAUUGGCACAAAAUUCCCUGCAUUCACUCUCUAGUUCAUCCAGUUCGGGUAGAGGUUCGUUGAAUCCAAAUUCAAUUUCCUUGGCUGGAGUGCCGCAGGGGCCACAACAGGAGGUGCAAUAUUGUCCGGUGACACAAUUCAUUGGCCAACUCUUGAGGCUAUUGGUUUGCAGCAAUGAAAAAAUCGGUUUGAACAUCCAAAAGAAUGUCAAGGAGCUGGUGGGUGAAGAAAUGUCCACCUACCUUUAUCCCAUCCUCUUUGAUCAGAUACGUUCAAUUGUUGAGAAAUUUUUCGAUCAACAUGGCCAGGUCAAUGUGACCGAUAUCAAUACCCAAUUCAUCGAACACAUUAUCUAUAUCAUGAAAUCGAUUUUGGAUCCCAAACCGAGUAAAGAUCCCAACAAUGACCAACCAUCGACGGCAGAAAAUUUGGGUGUAACCAGCAUUGAAGGUAUGAUGUUGGGUAUUGUACGCUAUGUACGCCACUUGGAUAUGACGGUCUAUGCAAUACGGAUAAAAACUAAACUCUGCCAAUUGGUGGAGGUAAUGAUGAAACGGCGGGAUGAUUUGGCAUUUAGACAGGAAAUGAAAUUUCGUAAUAAAUUGGUGGAAUACCUGUCGGAUUGGGUUAUGGGCACCUCACAUCAAAUUGCACCGCCCAGUUCAACGGAUCCCUCAAUGAUCACCAAUACCUCUUUGAUAUUCCGUGACUUGGAUCAGGCCUGCAUGGAGGCAGUGGCUGCCUUGCUAAGAGGUCUACCCCUACAACCCGAAGAAUCUGAUCGUGGCGACUUGAUGGAUGCCAAGAGUGCGCUGUUUCUCAAAUACUUUACCUUAUUUAUGAAUCUCUUGAACGAUUGCAUCGACAGUUCCGAGGCUGAAAAGGAACUCAACAAUCCCCCACUGCUACCACCUCGCCCCCGUUUAGCUGCUGGCAAGCUAACGGCUUUACGCAAUGCCACCAUACAGGCCAUGUCGAAUUUGUUGGGCGCCAAUAUCGAUUCGGGGCUCAUGCACUCCAUUGAUCUGGGCUAUAAUCCUGAUUUACAAACUCGAGCCGCUUUCAUGGAGGUCCUAACACAAAUCUUACAACAAGGUACCGAAUUUGAUACGCUGGCUGAAACAGUGUUGGCAGAUCGUUUUGAACAGUUGGUUCAGCUCGUUACCAUGAUCAGUGAUAAGGGUGAGCUACCCAUUGCCAUGGCCUUGGCAAAUGUGGUGACCACAUCGCAAAUGGAUGAAUUGGCUAGGGUGCUGGUAACCUUAUUCGAUGCCAAGCAUUUAUUAUCACCUCUCUUGUGGAAUAUGUUCUAUCGUGAAGUGGAGGUGUCGGAUUGUAUGCAGACCCUGUUUCGUGGCAAUUCACUGGGCAGCAAAAUAAUGGCAUUUUGUUUUAAAAUUUACGGCUCAGCAUAUUUGCAGUUGUUGUUGGAGCCGUUGAUAAGGCCUCUGCUGGAUAAUCCAAAUACAUCGUUUGAAGUGGAUCCGGCUAGACUCGAUCCUGGCGAUGACUUAGAUGUAAAUCGCCGUAAUUUGAUAGCCUUGACGAAAAAGGUCUUUGAUGCCAUCACAAAUUCAGCCGAUCGUUUCCCACCCCAGCUGAGAUCUAUGUGCCAUUGCCUUUAUCAGGUGCUCAGUAAAAGGUUUCCGAAUUUAUUGCAGAACAAUAUUGGAGCUGUGGGUACCGUAAUCUUCCUGCGCUUCAUAAAUCCAGCUAUUGUUUCCCCCCAAGAACUGGGAAUUGUUGGCAAACAGGUGCCGAGCACCGUGAAACGUGGUCUCAUGUUGAUGUCGAAAAUCCUGCAAAAUAUUGCCAAUCACGUUGAAUUCUCCAAGGAACAGCAUAUGUUGUGUUUCAAUGAUUUUCUGCGGGAACAUUUUGAGGCUGGGCGGCGAUUCUUCAUACAAAUUGCCUCCGAUUGUGAGACUGUGGAUCAAACCUCGCAUAGCAUGAGCUUCAUAUCGGAUGCCAAUGUUUUGGCUUUGCAUCGUUUGUUGUGGACACAUCAGGAGAAAAUCGGGGAUUAUUUGUCGAGUAGUCGGGAUCACAAGGCAGUGGGAAGGAGACCUUUUGAUAAAAUGGCAACGUUACUGGCGUAUUUGGGACCACCCGAGCACAAGCCGGUCGAUUCACACAUGAUGUUCUCCUCCUAUCCCCGUUGGAGCUCCAUUGACAUGUCGUCGACAAAUUUCGAAGAAAUCAUGGUAAAACACCAAAUGCAUGAAAAGGAGGAAUUCAAGGCCUUAAAGGCCAUGAAUAUUUUCUAUCAGGCGGGUACCAGUAAACUGGGUUAUCCGGUGUUCUACUACAUAGCCAGGAGAUAUAAAAUUGGUGAAACAAAUGGCGAUCUUUUGAUUUAUCAUGUCAUCUUGACGUUGAAGCCUUUUUGCCAUUCCACCUUCGAGGUGGUCAUCGAUUUCACCCAUGUCAACUCGGAUAAUAGGUUCCGUACAGAGUUCCUGCAAAAAUGGUUCUAUGUAUUGCCCGCGGUGGCCUAUGAAAAUGUCCAUGCGGUCUAUAUUUACAAUUGCAACUCUUGGGUAAGGGAAUACACCAAAUUCCAUGACCGGAUAUUGGCACCCUUGAAGGGCAAUCGGAAAUUAAUGUUCUUGGACUUGCCCAACAAACUGAAUGAUUACAUCGAUCCGGAUCAACAAAAGCUACCGGGUGCCACAUUGUCUUUGGAUGAAGAUCUCAAGGUGUUCAGCAAUGCCUUGAAAUUGAGCCACAAGGAUACCAAGGUGGCCAUUAAAGUUGGUCCCACAGCAUUGCAAAUAACCUCGGCGGAAAAAACCAAAGUCUUGGCCCACUCUGUGCUACUGAAUGAUGUCUAUUAUGCCUCGGAAAUCGAAGAAGUUUGCCUGGUCGAUGACAACCAAUUCACCCUGUCCAUUGCCAACGAGAGCGGUCAAUUAAGUUUCAUACACAACGAUUGUGACAACAUUGUCCAGGCCAUUAUACACAUACGCAACCGCUGGGAGCUGAGUCAACCGGAUUCGGUGACGGUGCACCAGAAGAUCAGACCCAAGGAUGUACCGGGAACCCUGCUAAAUAUGGCCCUACUUAAUUUGGGUUCAGCCGAUCCGAAUUUACGUACAGCGGCCUAUAACUUGCUGUGCGCCCUGACGGGAACAUUUGAUUUGAAAAUUGAGGGUCAACUCCUGGAGACACAGGGUCUCUGCAUUCCCUCCAACAACACCAUUUUCAUAAAAUCGGUCAGCGAAAAACUGGCCACCAAUGAACCGCAUCUGACUUUGGAGUUUCUCGAGGAAUGUAUCCAGGGCUUCCAGCGCAGUACCAUCGAAUUGAAGCAUUUAUGUUUGGAAUACAUGACUCCAUGGCUAAAGAAUUUGGUGAAGUUUUGUAAAUCCAACGAUGAUGCCAAGAAGGUGAAGGUCUCUCAAAUUCUGGAUAAACUUAUCUGUCUGACCAUCGAACAAAAGGAAAUGUAUCCCUCGGUGCAGGCGAAAAUAUGGGGCUCCAUUGGCCAAAUCCCGGAACUCAUUGACAUGGUGCUGGACAACUUCCUCUACAAAUCGGUUUUCUAUGGCCUGGGAUCGCCCCAGGUGGAGAUUAUGGCGGACACAGCAGUGGCCUUGGCCUCGGCCAAUGUCCAGCUGGUUUCGAAGAAGGUCAUUACCCGCAUGUGCCGUGUCAUGGACAAGACCUGUACCAGCCCUCUGCCCUGUCUGGAAAAUCACCAGACCUGGGAUGACAUUGCCAUAUUGGGACGCUACUUACUUAUGUUGUCGUUCAACAAUUGUCUCGAUGUGGCCACCCAUUUACCCUAUCUUUUCCACACCAUCACCCUACUAGUCUGCUCGGGAUCGCUCUCGAUGAGGGCCUCCACCCAUGGUUUAGUUAUAAAUAUUAUACAUUCAUUGUGUACCUGUACCAAGCCGAUUUUCUCCGAAGAGGCCCAGCGUGUCUUGCGUCUGUCCUUGGAUGAAUUCUCGCUGCCUAAGUUCUAUUUACUCUUUGGCAUUAGCAAGGUGAAAUCGGCAGCUGUCACUGCAUUCCGUUCGAGUUGUCGCCAUCCACCGGACAAGUGGUUGGGCAAUGAACGGGUUUCGCAAAAUUUGCCACCCGAUAGAGAGCGGCUUUCGCUACCGUCCCUGGAAGUAAUUACCGAUGCAUUGCUGGAAAUAAUGGAGUCAUGUAUGAGGGACAUUCCCGAUUGCCAAUGGCUGCAGACAUGGACGGCCUUGGCAAGGAAUUUUGCUUUCGCCUUUAAUCCAGCCUUACAGCCAAGGGCGUUGAUUGUAUUUGGGUGUAUCAGUAAAAGUGUAACCGAUCAAGAGGUGAAGGAGUUGCUAAAGGAACUAGUCAAGGCUGUGGAGGCUUUUACCGAUAUAACCCUGAUUGAGGCCAUUGUUAUGUGUCUGACACGUAUCCAACCUCUUUUGAGGCCGGACUCUCCCAUACAUCGCAAUCUCUUUUGGGUGGCCAUUUCUGUUCUGCAACUGGAUGAGGCAAAUCUGUAUGGUGCCGGUCUGGCUUUAUUGGAACAAAAUCUGCACACCCUCAAGUCUCAGGGCUGUUUUGAUAAUGCCCAUUUGGCAGAGGUAAUGAUGGGUACCCGGGAAAAACUGGAAUAUCAUUUCAAGCAGCUGGAUCAUGCUGUGGGUCUGUCGUUCCGUAGUAAUUUCCAUUUUGCUUUGGUGGGACAUUUGAUCAAGGGUUUCCGUCAUCCCACCCCCACCACCGUGUCACGCACCUCUCGCAUUUUGACCAUUCUUUUGGGCAUAAUUGCAAAACCCUGUAGACGUGAUAAAUUCGAGGUGACACCCGAUAGUGUGGCAUAUCUAACUGCCUUGGUGGCCGUUUCGGAAGAGGUCCGUUCCAGAUGUCAUGUCAAACAUGCUCUACCCCGUUGGCCAGCCGAGAUGCCCACAGAAAAUGGCAGUGGUGGUGGAGCCACUGAUCAGGCAGCCACCACAAAUGGCACACAGAAUCAGGGCAGCAUGGCAUUGUCGCGACGCCAGAAGUCCUGGGACAUACUCGAUCAAUCGGCAUUGAAUUUGGCCCGUCAUCAUAAAGUACCUGCACCACCGAAUGCUCGAGUUUUAUUCAAAACUCAACGCUCGUUUUCGGUACCCACCACCAAAGAUCCAAAUAAUGCGAGUGGAAUCGAAGAACGUCAGGAACGUGGUUCACGCACCUCCGUUUCAAAUGAAUCGAAUGUUUUGCUCGAUCCCGAAGUCCUACCGGAUCUGUCGAUACAGGCCUUGGUGCUGACCGUGCUGGCCACCCUGGUAAAAUACACCUCAGAUGAGAAUGAGACACGAGUGCUGUAUCAAUAUCUUGCCGAGGGUUCGGUGGUGUUUCCCAAAGUUUUCCCCGUCAUCCACUCUUUAUUGGACCAAAAAAUCAACAACAUCCUGUCGGUAUCCCACGACCAGGUUGUCCUGAACUCAGUACAAAGCAUCAUUCAAAAUAUGUUGGCCAGUGAGGACCCAUCGCAGCAGCAGUUGCAUUUUCUGCAAAGUUGUGGUUUUGGAGGCCUGUGGCGCUUUGCCGGUCCCUUUACCAAAUACAAUGUAAUGGGUGAAUGUUCAGAGCUGUUUGUAAAUUGCCUAGAGGCCAUGGUGGCCAUAUGUUUGCCCGGGGAUGAUCAACAAACGCCAAUUGUUCCUUUGGUGCGACCCUACAAUCUCAGUUCCAGUCUCAGCAGUCUUACUUUAGGGUCGCCCACGGAUAAAGCUGCAUGAAUAACAACAAAUCAGCCACGCACUAGACGUACAAUGUUCAGGAAUUUUUUACGUUUUUUAAAUCUUUUCAAAAAGUGUUUUUGAAUUCAAAGAAUUACCUACUACGAGAGUGGAUCUGUGAAAUUUUGUUAUUCCUUGGGAAUAUUGAAAAUAUUUGAAUAUUUAUCCUAUAUCAUCGGUACAGCUCCCCUAUUUCGCUAUGGAACUACACCCAGACUAUUGGAAUUUAAAGAAACAACUAUUGACGUCAAAAUGCGUUGGUUUAAAUGUAUUUUGUGAUUGGCCUUCUCCCUGCCCAUUUUGGGUUAAUUUGAAAUUUAUUAAUUUUUUGUUGGCAGUUUGGAAAAUGGAGUGAUGGAGUCUGAACUUUGGCCAGGGAUCAAAGGUUGGGUUAUAAAGCAAAUAAUCAAAUAACUGAUGUCAGGUCUUAAACUCUGAAUACACAGAUCAACAAAAUCUGAUUAGACCCAUAAAAAAAAAUUUGAAUAAAAAUGAGUCUGCUUAUAAUCGAAGAGGUUACUGCGAUAUCUACAGGGUAAGAUAAAAAAACUGCAAACAAAGAUCUUACGCCAAAAUUUUUAAAUUUUUUUAAUUUUUAAAUGAAAGCAGAAAAUGUCGGAAAUAACAUCAAAUUUUAGAAUAUGUUUAGAUUUGUUCGAAUAGGUCACCUUUGGCACAAAUUAUGGCCCUCAAACGGCCAAUGAAACCGUCACUCCCUGCCCGAAUGUUGCUCUGCGGUAUUUUGGCCCAUUUGGCCCGGCGGAGCGCUUGCUUGAGUUGAUCGACACUUUGGUAUUUUUUAGAGCCAACCUUGCUUUCAAAAAUACUUUAGCGGAUUGGUAUCCGCAGAUUUUGGUGGCCAUUGGUGGCGCUGGGAAUGAAGCGAGGAAGCUCAUUUUGUAACCAUUCUUGGGUGGCGCGUGCUGAGUGCGAUGUUGCCGAGUCAUAUUGUAAUGUCCAAGGUCCUUGCGUGACCAAGGCUUUAAUACACCCUCCAGAAUAUUUUCGCAAUAAUAUUCGGCAUUUAUUCUGAUGCCACGGUCGACUAAUACGAGCGGAGAGCAACCAUCGGCUGUUAUGGCGGCUCACACUAUCACCCUGGCCGGCGCUUGAGUUCUGGUGGCCAACCGAAGGUGCACAUUUCAGCAGACCUCUUUGGCAAGUUAAUACGUUCAUUUUGUUUGUUUACAAACUGCAGGACAAUGAAUGUUUUCUCGUCGGAGAAAACCAAAUUAGGCAGUUUACCACUUUCGGCCAAGCGUUGACCACUUUCGGUCUAUUUUCUUUUUGUUGCGGUGUAAGUUCUUGCACUUUUUGGAAUUUCAAUGGCUUUACCCCGAACUCAUUUUUCAAUAUUUGCCGAAUGGAAUAUUGCGAUAUGUUCAGCUCACGAGCCAUUUUCGAGGCCACUGCGACGCGGGUUUAGAUCAAGUCGCUUCUUUACUUUUCGAACCACUUCUGCUGAUGUUGCUGUUUUCUUCCGUCCACUUCCUUGACGUCGGGCUACGCUACCAGUAUCACGGUAACGAGCGGUGGUAGGAGACACAAAAGAUUUAUUCACAUUUAAAUGUCGGAGUGCUCUAACGAUAGCCACUUGUGGUUCUCCAGCCAAAUAUAAAAUAUAACUUCUUUAAUCUACAAUUUUUUUUCCUUUAAUUUUUUUUGAAUUUAUUUUUUUGAGGAAUAAUUUGCAUAGCAUUUUCUGGGAUCGGAAAAUGUUCAUAAUUUUUUCCCCUAUUGCUUCCUUUUUCAUACUGCCAAGAACAACAAAGAAUCUCCUUUUUUACUCCAAAAUACUGUGGCACAGCUUUCGAAAUCUCAAGAAAAAGAAUAUCUCUGUGCCAAUUCUAAAUCAAAUUAUUUAUAAAUAUUUGUAAAAAAUUAACUAUUAAUAAACUAAUAAUUUAUGUGUUAAUUUAUCUAUGUCUGAGUUUUUUACAUUCUACUGUAUAUUUUAGUUAUUUUUUGUAUAAUAUUUGUGUUAAUAAAUAUUAAUUUUUUUUUAUGUAAGGCUAUUUGAAAAUUGGACCAUAAGACUUGUUUUUCUAGAUUUCUUUAUGUGUUCAAUGAAAAAUGAUUUUUUAAUAAUUUAUAUUAUUUUAUAAUUUAUAUAUACAAAUUUUAACAAGGUCACAAACCUUAUCUAAACUAAAUGUUCUAAACUCAAACCCAACCUAGAAACAAAAAAAAACUACUAAUUUAACUCAAAAAGAUGAUGAUAUAAAGGAUUUUUUUUCGAAGAAAAUCAAACCACUUACAUAUAUAUAUUCCUGCUUUUAAACAAUGAAUUGUUAUUUAAUUUUUUAAUAUUUCAUUUUUUCUUAUAAGUUCCAUUGUAAUGCACAAAAAAUAAAAACACAAACUUUAAAACAGAUUUAAAAUAAACAACAAAACUAACAACGUACAAAGAAACAAAGCACCAAAAAAUAAAAACAAAAGAAAAAAACAACCACUUUAAACGAUACUUAUUUAUAUAAAAAAAUAAAUAAAUAAAAAUUAUAUAUAGAAAAUAUUUUGCGAAUUAUAUGUAUAUCGAAUCUAAGAAAACUUUAAGAAAAAUGGACAACAAAUCAAAAAAAAAAAAAAAAAAAAAAACGGAACAACAAACGAAAAAAUGUUUUAAAAUUAAAAGAAAAAAGAGGAAUCACACAAAAACUCAUAUUCGAAAAAAUAAAAAAAAAUUAAGGGUCGCUAUGUAUUGACUGGUUAAAAUACACUUACUUCAAAGAUAUCCCUCCUUUUUUGAAUGAUCUUUCAAUACGAAACCCUAAGAAGAUGAGGGACGUACGCCGACAUUCAUUUCUAAACCAUUUUGGAGGGGGAGACCACCAGGAGGAAUUUUACCUUCAGAAGUCCUUUAUCUUUUUUUAUCUUCCUUCCUUUAUCUAUAGACGAUUCUUAGGAUGUCCUAUGUCUAUAGAAGACCAUCAAAAGUUUUUUAUCUUUAGAAGACCCUCAGGGAGUCUUCUUUCUAUAGGAGGCCUACAGGUGCGCUUCUGUCUAUAGAAGAGCUUCAGGUGGCUUUCUGUCUCUAUAAGACCUUCUGAACCUCUUCGGUCUACAGAAGACAUUCAAGAGGUACUCGGUAUAUAGAAGUUGUUUAGGAGGUCCUCUAUCUAUGGAAGACCAUCAGAAGUUUUUCUUAUCUUUAGAAGACCUUGAGAAAACCUCUCUUUUGAAGACCUUCUGAAAGUCUUCUGUCUAUAGAAGACCUUCAGAACCUCUUCGGUCUACUCAAGACAUUCAAGAGGUAUUCGGUAUAUAGAAGUCUUGUGUCUAUAAAAACGUCCAGGAAGUCCUCUCUCUGUAGAAGAUCUUCAGGAAGUCUUCUGUCUAUAAAAAACCUACAGGGGGCCUCUUAUCUAAAGAAACCCAUCCAAAGGUAUUCUGUCUAUAGGAGAAGACAAACAAAAGGUCCUCGGUCUUCAGAAGACAAACAGGAGAAGACAAAAAUGAGUUCCUCGAUCAUUAGACCACAUUCAAGAGGUCUUCGGUCUAUAACAGUCUUUUAGGAGGUCUUCUGUAUAAAAAAGAUCUUUAGGAAGUCUUCUGUCUAAAAAAAGUCCUACAGGUGGCCUUCUGUCUGUAGAAAACCAUCAAGAGGUAUACUGCCUAUAGAAAACCUUCAGGAGAAGACAUUCAAGAGAAAACCAUCAAAAGGUAUUGUGUCUAUAGAAGACCUUUAGGAGAAGACAAACAAGGGGUCCUCGAUCUAUACAAUAGGUCUGUAAAAAGUCUUUAAGGAGGUCUUAUGCCUAUAAAUGACGUUCAGGAAGUGUUCUGUCUGUAGACGAUCUUCAGGAAUCUUCUGUCUAUAAAAGACCUACAGGUGGCCUAUCGUCUAUAGAAAACCAUCAUUCUGUCUAUAGAAGAACUUUUAUACAGAAGGUCCUUUUUCUUCAAAAGAUCCUUUAUUUUUUCUUCAAAGAUGCAUGAAACAUAUUUCUUAAGAAGAUAAACGACGAGGAGGACCUCUAACUGCCUGAAGAAUUUCGCUAGUAAAAACAAAAAAGGAGUAUGGUGUAUACAAUUUAUGGAAGUCGUUACUUCAACAUCUUAUCCAUAGAUUAGAUGUUGAAGCUCAAUGUGGGAUGUUAUCUUUAAGGAUCUUUUGUAGUUAUUCUAUCAAAGCCACGCCAUACAGGGAUCUCCAAAAAUAUCGUAGAUGUUUAAUUUUCCACUCAAUCUCAUAAGGGCACAGUGAUGUCCUACUAUGGAAACUUCAAAGUUCGUGGAAACUUCAUGAGUUCCUCGGAAGAUUUUCUUCAGAAGAUCAAGCGUUUUAAGUGAGGAGGUCCUUGAAAAGUUUUAAUUUACAGAACCAUCGUUUCUGUAGAUAUAAGGACCUGCUCUUAAUCAAUGAUUUAAUUUAUGAAUAUUAUCUUAGGUCUUCCUGAAAAAAAUUAUAAAUCCUUGUUUUCUUUUAAAUUUACAAAACUAUUUUCUAAAAAAAGUCGAUUUUUAUCUAUAAAAAAUCCUAAACGUUUAGCCAUGUAGUCCUUGAAAGUUGCCCUUUUUAAAGAUGGAGAUGGCAAGGAGGUUCUGGACAAUAAAACAUCUUCAAAAACCUACCAUUUAGUUUGUUCUUGAAACCAUUUUCUCAAAAGAUCAAGACAUUCUAAGUUUCAGCAGCUAAAAGGACCUCCUUACUGAAAAUCAAUAAUUUUUUAUGAAAAAUUUCUCAAUGGCUUCCUGAAGAAAAAUGGUUGAUAUCUGGAGAAAAGAAAUCAAAGACUUUCUCCUUAGAAAUUUUUUAAUGUACGAAAAAAUUUCAAAAAAAAAAAAAAUUUUUUUUCUUUAAAAAAACUUCAAUUUUUAGCUUGAAACUGUUCCAAUCCAAGAUUUUGACGGGUAAGUCCUUAAAAUAAAUUUCUUCAAAAGCUCACGAGAUCAAGACCUUCUAAGCUCCUGCAGAUAAAAGACCUUUCUAACAAAAAUCAAUGAUUUUAUUUAUGAAAAUUGUAUCAGGGACCUCCUGAAUAAAAAUCGUUGAUAUUUUGAGAGAGUAGUUUCAAAGACUCUCUAAAUUUUGGGAGUUUUUCUAAUAUACGAAAGAAUUUCCUAAAAACUUUUUUCUUAAAAAAAUCUCAAUUCUUAGCCAGGAUGGCCUUGAAACAUUUCCCCAAAAGGAUCCCAGUUUUUUUUGGCAAGGAUGCCUUUGAAAAAAUUCUUCAACGCUCAAUAUUCAGGAAGCCUUUAAAAAAAUGUUCUCAAAGGGUCAAGACCUUCUAAGCUCCUGCAGUUAGAGGACCUCUUGACUAAAAAUCAAUGAUAAUAAAAAUUGUCUCAUGAAAAUGAUAUUUUCAGAAAAUUAAAGAAAUCGAAAGACUUUCUAAAUUUUAGGAACAUUUUUAUAUUUUUUUAAAAUUUUUUUUUUAAUUUUUUCCUUAAAAAAUCCUCAAUUUUUAGACAGGAAGGCCUUGAAGAUCUUUGACGCGUUUUUCUCAAAAUAUGAACGAUUUUCAGUCAGAGACAAUUUUUGUGAAAAACUUUAGCUUCAGCUUGAGAAGGUCCUCAUUAUAUAUAUACAAAGUGGCAAUUCCAUGUAAAGGAUAACUGUUAAAUGUCCUUUGUUUAAAAAAUAACUUAAAAAGAGUUCUUUUUCGAGAAUAUAAUUUUAAGGUCCUCCACCACCGUUAUUAGUUAUUUGGCAUAAAAACAUAAUUUUUCCAAUAUAGAACUUUAAGAAGUUGUCAAAGUAUAUUCUGGUUUACCAGACCUGCUAAAUUUGAUCCUAUGACCUCUGAAGUGGGGGAAUUUAUUCAAUUUCAAAACCAAUUGAAGUAAGUGUAUUCAGAAUACCUUAUCGAAAUCCAUGGUCGGUAUUGUUGGCCCUAGCUAUCCUAUGUAAACAGGAAACAAAAAACAAAAACACAGUUGGCUAGAACGUGUUUAACUAAAACUUACCAACUCACCCAAACACCAAUCUCACCAUUCUGCAAAAGAACAAAAAAGAAUCAUUAUUAAGUUUUAAAAUUUUAUUAGCAAAAAAGAAACAAAAAAAAGAAUAGAAAUAUAUUUAGUAAAAAUUAAUUGAAGACGAAUGAAAAAUAGUUACUAAUCUCAAAAGUACUCGUAUCACAAAAAAAAAAAACAGAAACAAUUUUUUCUCUAUUGAUGUAUAAUACCAAAACCGAAAAAAAAACAUGAAAAAAAUAAAUGUUUAUUUUUUAGUCAAAUGUAUGUGAAUAAAAAAUUCGAAACGAUUUUUCGUCACCAUAAAAUCAGAACAACUAUAAAUUAUAUUUACAAAAAAAAAAAAAAAAAGAACAACAAAUGAUUGAGAAACCAAGAACCAUCCUAAAAAACUAAAGAAAUAUCCUUAAUUAUGUGAAGGCGAUUUGAAACGAAAUUCCAAAAAAAAUAAAUAAAAAAAUAUGUAUGUAUGUAUGUAUGUAAAUGUUGCUUAGUCUGCAGCGCUGCUGUUGUGUGUGUGUAUUGUUUUGUAAUAUAAAUGUUGAAACUGUAACAAAGGUAAUGAGAAUUAUUGUCAUGUAUAUUAAUGAUGAUGACGAUAGUGUAUGCGAGAGAGAGAAGCUUAGAACGAAUGCUGUUGAAGAUAAUAAAGACGAAGAACAACGAUAAAA